CCUCCACCGCCUCCUCCACCUCCGCCUCCUCCACACCAGCGCUAAACCCUGGGACUGGAGUGAUCGGAGUUGUGCGUUUCGCCGAAGUGGGGUUGUUUGACAUGGAUGAACCAUCAAUGGGAAGAUUUGACUUGACUGACCACACUCCUGCUGCAUUAGGGAGUGCAGCCAUGACAGCUCAUCUCAUGGACGUAGCAAAUUCAUGUGGUGAUCCCACUAGUCCUUUAGUCAGUAGAUCUAAAAACCCAUCAGUGGAAGAUGAUGAUGAUGUUGUAUUUAUUGAAUCUAUACAACCUCCUUCAAUUUCUGCUUCAGCAAUAGCUGAUCAAAGAGACUUUGUAUUUACAUCCUCAAAACAUGAAAAGCCACCAGGAAAUUUUUCCGUAAUUCUGCCUUUCUCAAGAGAUUUGGCUUCUCAGAAAGGAAAUACGUGUGAGACAAUUGUUAUUGAUGAUGAAGAGGACAUAGAAACAAAUGGAAGGGAGAAAAAAAAUUCAUCUGGUUUUACUGAGUGGGGAUUUCCUGGAACUAAAGACAGUACCAAAGAUUUGGAUUUCUCUACUUCCAGUCGCCCAAGAAGUAAGACCAAGACUGGAGUAGGACCUUUUAAUCCUGGUAGGAUGAAUGUGGCAGGAGAUGUAUUUCAGAAUGGAGGACUCACGACUCAACAUAAUCCUGAUUCUUGGAUCUCCCAGUCAGCAUCAUUUCCCCGUAAUCAGAAACAGUCAGGGGUGGAUUCUUCAUCACCAGUGGCCUCGCUUCCUAAACAGAUUUUUCAGCCUUCUGCCCAACAGCAACCUAUUAAACCAGCUAAAAUCACUUGUGCAAACUGCAAAAACCCUUUACAGAAGGGGCAAACAGCUUACCAGCGGAAAGGAUCAGCUCACCUCUUUUGUUCAACUACUUGCCUUUCUUCUUUCUCUCAUAAACGUACUCGAAAGACACGAAAUAUAAUACGUAAAAAAGAUGCACCCACCAAGAAGGCUACUGUUGUUCCUCCAGUGGAAUCAAGCAGCUCCUUUCAAGAAUUUUCUAAUAUGUCUUUGUCUCUCUGUGAAGACAGUCAGCAUCUUAAAAAAGGAGUUUUUAAUAAGUCAAGAUGUAUAAUCUGUAGUAAACUAACAGAGGUUCGCCAUGAAGUCAGUGUUAAUAAUGUAACUCACAAGCUGUGCAGUAACCAUUGCUUUAAUAAGUACAGGUUGGUCAAUGGUCUAAAAAUGAACUGCUGUGAACAGUGUGGAGAGUACAUGCCUGACAAAAAUAUGGGAAACAAUCUCCUGAUUGGAGGUCAGCAGAAGAGGUUUUGCUGCCAGAGUUGUAUUAAUGAAUAUAAACAGGUACAAGUCUCUAGGUUGGUUUCACCCACAUCCAAGAUGAUGGAAAUAAAAUCAGAAACAUUAUCAGCAUCAGAAAAAAGGAAAAGGAGUGUUAUAGGAGAAGAAAAUGAAAGUAAACUAUAUAGAUCAUUAAAUACAUGUUUAGAAAAAAUAGAGUGUAUACCAGAAAAAAAAGAAACGACUUUAGAACAAGUUCCAACAGAAUAUAGCCCAGAUAAUUCACUGAACAAGCAGAAUGUGAAUUUACUUUAUUCUGCAUCAGCCAUAGCUGAUGAAUUUCAGAAGCAACUGGAAGACAAAACAUCAGAAGAUUCCUUUCUAUCAGUUGUGCUUUCUGCAGAUCCAGGUACAUGGCCCCGAAUUUUGAAUAUUAAGCAGCGGGAUUCUCUUGUUGAGAAUGAGCCACCUCAAGUAAGAAAUGUGGACUUUCCAAAAGACAACACAGGGAGAAAGUUUUCAGAAACUUACUAUACACGGAUUCUUCCAAGUGGUGAAAAAACCACUAGAUCCUGGUUACUUUAUUCAACCUCUAAAGAUUCUGUGUUUUGCCUAUAUUGCAAACUCUUUGGGGAAGGGAAAAAUCAACUUAAAAAUGAGAAUGGGUGCAGGGAUUGGCAGCAUCUAUCACAUAUUCUUAGUAAACAUGAAGAAAGUGAGAUGCACCUGAACAAUACUGUUAAGUACUCAAAAUUAAAAUCUGAUUUGAAAAAGAAUAAAACUGAUGAAGCUGCCAAAUACAAAUUAUGUGACACCGAAAAAAAUGAUGGUGUCCUAUUGUGGUACACAUGAUGUACCCAAUUGGGUUUCUGUCAUUACUUAAGGAAAAAAUUGAUCCAUGAGUCACUAUCCUUCACUUGUGAGCAGUAAUGAGCAUGCAACAGUUUAUUAGCAUUAAGUGUAAUAGCAGGUAGUAAAGAACAUUCCUGUUCCAAAUGUAAAACCAAUUGGAAAGUUUAGUGAAGACAGUUUUUAAUAUUCUUGAUUUGUCACCUUUUUUACAAUUGGCAAUUGAAAACUACUAUUUAAGAAUUUUGAUUAAUGCUCUGGUUAUUGGCCAGGGAUAUAGCUCAGUGGCACAGCACCUGCCUGGUACAAUCCUUGGUACAAAAUGACUAAGAAAUAGGAGGGCUGGAUGUAGUGGCACACUGUAAUCCUAGCAUUAGGGAAGUUGAGACAAGAGAACUGUUGUGAAUUCAAGGCCAGCCUGGGCAACAUAGAGUUCCAGGCUAGCUCAAUUGCAUAGCAAGGCCUUGUCUCAAACAAGAAAGAAGAGCAAAGAGAGACUUGCCUUUAUUAAUACCAGUUCAGUAAGUUACUUUCAGGAACAUACUCUCAACAUUCUUAAAGACUUUCAUUUGUUUUAAGAACAAAAUGGGAAUCUGAAACUACAAUUUUUUGCUAUUAAACCAAAUACUUGUAUUUUGUUUUUGUUUGUUUGUUUUAGUACCAGGGAUUGAACUUGUGACCACACUCUUGUAGGGCAGGUGCUGUGCCACUGAGCUAAAUCCUUGGCCCCCGAAUACUUGCGAUUUAUGUCUUUUAAGCCAAACUUCUUUGGCAGGUGGAGGCAUGGUGAUGGGGUGGUACUGGAGAUUGAAUCCAGUGUUUUGUACUGAGCUAUAUACUACCCCUUCUUUUUAUGCAUUUGUUUUCCUUUGGUUUUUUUGAGACAAGAUCUCUGUAAGUUAGUAAAUUGCUCAGGUUCAGCUCAAACUUGAAAUCUUUGUGCUUCAGCCUUCCCAAGUACUGGGAUUAAAGGCAUAUACCAUGACCCCUGGCUUGAGCAAAACAUUUCUAUUUGAGCAAAACAGCUUUGUUGUAUUACAUAAAGGAGAAUAGUUUAUAUUUUAUUGAUUUUAUAUUUCUGUUUUAAUUUAAUUUGUAAAUGUUAUGGUUUUUAUUGUUAUAAGAACUAUAAGCAUAAAGAAUAUAUACCUACUCUUAUAUUGGUCCAAAUAUUACAAAAAUUAAAGUAAAAAUAUAUUAUUAACCUUCCAGUAUUGUGGAUGAUUUGUUUUUCUGAGAAAGGAAAUUUGAGAAAUCACAAAUCUAAAAUUUAAUAAUUCUUUCAUUUGUUUCUCAUUUCUGAUUUCAGUUUUAUCAUGUACUAAAUUUUAUUUAUAUUUGAGCUUCUUUCUUUCCAAGGCUUUUCCUGUGAAAGAAAACGGCAUAUCAACAAUGACUAAAGCAGAGCCUGGUGUGGUGGUUCAUACCUAUAAUCCCAGCAUUUGGGAGGUCAAAUUAGAAGGAUUGUCACAAGUUUAAAGCCAGCCUGUACUCCAUAAUGAGUUUAGUGUCACCCAAAAGUGUAUCUCCAUGUCCAAAAAAAAAAAAAAAAUGUGACUAGAGAAGAUACUCUUCAAGAGAGGCUUACAUUAAGAAUACUUGCAGACUCGGUGAUUGCAGUAUGUAAGGGUUUUUUUCUGUUGGUUUUUUUGGUUUUUUGUAUGUGGUACCAGGGAUUAAACUCAGAUCCAUGUGCACACUAAGCAAACACUCUCAAACACUCUACCGCUGAGCUACAUCCCCAGCCCAUAUGGUUCUUUUUAAAAUACCUACAAAAAUCAUGCUCAUUAAAUUCUAGCCAUUCUGUGUCUUGAAAACUGGAUGACUGAGUCUUUCAGACUUGAAUGUAAAUAUGGCUUAGAAUCUUCCGAACAUCCAGUUUACUGUCAAGGGGCUAAGAAGAGAGUCUAGAGAACAUAAACUAGAUUUUGAGAUUUUCCUGCAAUCAUUGUGCCUGUUAUUUCAUAAAAGCCAGUCAACUGAAUGAUCAACUUCUUGUGUACUGCACUUGUACUAUUCUUUGAUAUAUGUGCAAACUCAUGAAAUCAACCAGUUGCUGCUUAAGAGACUUUGAUAAAAGUAUAAAUCAAUGCAUUGAGAAAACAAAAUUAGAUGUUCACCUCACCCAUAAGAUGCCAUAAAUGUUAUAUAUUUUAAUGAGUUAAAAUGUAAAAAGAUUUUUAAAAAAAGAUUGAGGGUUGAGCUGAUACAUGUUUACUGUAACUUUUAAAUUUGAAUUUUUUUAACAUUUUUGUUGAUAAUAUGCUCACAGAAAGAUAAAUUGGAAACUCAGAAGAUACAAUUGUAAACCUCUAGAUGAGCGUAAUUGUUUUUCUACUUUUCCAGUUCUAUUUUUACAUUAUAAAGUUAGUAUAUAGACAAUUCUUACUAAGGACAAAAGAAAAAAAGUAAACAUCUUGCUGGCCAUCUUUAACAUUCCUAGCUGCAGAAUUUAGUUAUAUCGGGUUAUUUUUCCAGCUUUCCAAUUUCUUUGAGAAAAGGCAUUUCCUGCUACUAAUCUAAUACCAAGAAUUAGAAUAGUCUUCAAAAUAACAGUCCUCAAGAAAUGGUAGUGCCAAUUAAUACUCAUUUGUUGGUUUUUUCAUCCCACAGAUGAUGAGAUUUCCCUCCUCUCCAUAAUCCUCUCUUAGAAUUUCCUGGCCUUUUCUUUUUAGUUCUAUGAGCCACAAAGGAUUGCUAAUAGCUGUUGCUGCCGCUGCUGACUUUUUUUCGUUUUCUUUUUUCUCAUUUUUAGAUGACUUCACUGUAUUGCCAAGGCUGGUUUCAAACUCUCAGGCUCAAUCUUUCUCCCCAGGUCUCCCAAUUAUAAGCACCAUUCCAAACUCAGUUACUUUAUACCACCAGUCCCCAAUGUUUUGAGCUCUUAGGACCAGCUUUGUGAAAGACAGUUUUUCCACAGACAGGAGAGAUGGAUAUUUUCAGGUUGAUUGAAGCACAUUAUAUUUAUUGUGUACUUUAUUGUUACAUUAUAAUAAUGAAAUAAUUAUACAGCUGUCCAUAAUGUACAAUCAGGGGUCCCAAUUUUUUUUUCAGCUAGACAGACUUUGUUGCUAUAGCCAUUCUAUCCUGUAAUCUUUUUUUCUGUCUCUCAUUUUGGUUGGUUUUUUUCUUUUCAGAUCCAUUUUAUUUCAAGGAUAAAAAGAAAAAACUACAACAAAAUUUUAAAAUGCUUCAAUCUGGGGCAACAAUGGUACAUACAUUACACAUUAUCAUCCCCUAAUCCUUCACCCAGCGCACAAGACAACAGCAUUCAAUUGUCCAAACAAUACCAGCACAAAUCUUUCACUCCAGUGAAAUCAAUAGUAUAACCUCUUAACUAUUUUUAUGUACAUGCACAUGCAUAUGUUUUUUUCUUUCAGCUUCUCACGCUGAGACAAUGCAGUGUUUACACAUGUGUGUCUUAUUUAUUUCACUAAUGAGUAUGAUAGGUUGCAUCCAUUUAUCUAUAAAAGUUCUCCAGUUUAUCCUUUAUGGCUAAGUAGUGCUCCAUUGUAUAAAAAUACCACAUCUUUUUUAUCCAUUCCUCAAUCAAUGGGCAGUUGUUUCCAAGAUCUGGCUAUUACAAGCUAUGCUGCUAAAAGCAUGAGUGCACAUAUAUCAUUGUGUGAUGUUUUUAGUUCUUUUGGGAAAAUGCCCAGAAAGGGAAUAGCUGGGUUGAAUGGCACCUCCAAUCCUAGUUUUUUUGAGGAAUCCACACUGAUUGCACCAGUGGUUGCACCAGUUUGCAUUCCCAUCAACAUUGGGAAAAGGUUCCUUUUCCCCAACAGCUCCUCCAGCAUUUGUUAUUGCUUGAUUUCUUGAUAGCAGCCAUUCUUGUCGGGGGUGAGAUGGAAUCUCAGUGUUAUUUUAACUUGCAUUUCUCAAAUGACCAGUGAUGUUAAACAUUUUUUCACAUAUUUAUUUGCUGUUUAUAUUUGUCCACCUGAAAAAUAUGUAUUUAUCUCAAAUGCCCAUUUUGGGAUUUGGGUCUUUUAAGUCUCGGAGAACUUUUUUUUUUUACUUCGUUAUAUGUUGCAGAUAAUAAUCCUUUGUCUGAGGUACAGCUGACAUUUUUUCCCACUUUGUGGAUUGUUUCUUUACUCUGUUCAUGGUUCCUCUUGCUGUGCAAAAGCUUUUCAGUAGGGUGAGAUCCCAGUUGUUGGUUCUUUGUGAUAGUUCUUGUGUUUCUGAAUAAAUUGAGUUUUGUUCAUAAAGUCUGCCUAUACCAACAUCUUCAAGAGUUUUACUUACUCUUAUCUGCCAGGAGAUUUAAUGUUUGUCGUAAUAAGAUAUUUGACCCGUUCUGAUUUUAGCUUUUACGUGGUGGGUCCAGUUUUAAUGUCUGACAUGUUCAGAGCCAGUUUUUCCAGUACCAUUUAUUAAUGAAGCUAUUUUUCUUCCAGUGAAUUUGUUGGCACCUUUGUCAAAGAUAAAGUGGCUUAGUGUGUCUGUAGUUUGUUUCUGCAUCUUCUAAUCUAUUCUACUGAUUUCUGGGUCUGUUUGGAUUUUUUUUUUUUUUUCUUCCCAGCACCAUGCUUUUUAUCACAGUAGCUUCAUAGUAUAAUCUCAAGUCAGGGAUUGUGAUGUCCCCUGUCUUGUCUUUGCUAUUCCCAGAAUUGCCUUUGUUAUUGUAGGUCUUUUCUGGUUCCAGAUGAAUUUUAAAGUGGUUUUUGCUAAUUCUGUGAGAUACACUAUUGGAAUUUUUAUUGAGAUUGCAUUGAAACUGUAUAAUAGUUUUGAAAGUAUGGCCAUUUUCACUAUAUUGGUUCUUCCUAUCCAAGAGCGUGGGAUAUCUCCAUUUUCUAAUACCCUUUUAAUCUCCUUUUUCAGAGUACUAUAGUUUUUGAUAUAGACAUCUUUUAUAUCCUUUCUUAGAUUGGUUCCUAGGUAUUUCACUUUUUUGGAUACUAUUGUAAAAGAUAUUGUUUCCUUGAUUUGUCUCAGUGAGUUUAUUUGUGUACAGGAAGGCUAUUGAUUUUUGAUUGCUUACUUUGUACCUAGCUGUGUUACUGAAUUUACGUAUUAAAUCUAGAAGUCUUUUGGCGGAGUUUUUCAGGUCUUCUAAGUAGAGUGUCGUGUCAUCUGCAAAUAACAAUAAUUUAACUUCUUCCUUUCUUAUCUAUUCCUUUUAUUUCUUUUUUUGUUUGUUUUCUUUUCUUUUCUUUGUGGUAACAGCAGUCAAACUGAUGACCUUGUGCUGGCUGGGCAGGUGCUUAUGCCAGUAAAUUAAAUCUCCAGCUUCUCCUUUUAUUUCUCUCUCUUGUUAACUGCUCCAGCUAAAGUUUCUAGGACUAUGUUGAGUAAGAAUGGAGACAGUGGACAUUCUUUUCUUGUUCCUGAUUCUAGAGUGAAAGCUUUCAGUUUUUGUCCUUUUAGUAUCAUGUUUGCUGUUGGUUUAUGUAGAUGGCUUUUAUUAGAUUGAGAUAAGGACUAUGUGCAUUCUAAUUUUCUAUAGGAUUUUUAUCAUGAAUGGGUGCUGCAUUUUUGUCAAAAGAUUCUUCUGCAUCUAUUGAGAUGAGCCUAUGAUUUUUGUCCUUGGCUUUGUUAAUAUGGUAUAUAUGUUUGGAUUUACAUAUGUUGAACCAACCCUGCAUCCCUACGAUGAAUCCCACUUGGUCAUGGUGUAUAAUCUUCUUAACAGUUUACUGCAGUUUGUUUGCCUGUACCUUAUGGAGGACUUUUGCAUUAAUGUUCAGUAGGUAGAUUGGCCUGUAAUUCUCUUUUCUUAGUUGGGUCUUUCUCUGGUUUUGAGUAUCAGGGUAAUGCUUGCUUCCGGGAAUGAAUUUAAAGAGUUUGAGAAGUAGUAGUGUUAGGUCUUCUCUAACUUUCUUGCAGAAUUCAGCAGUGAAUCCAUCAGGGCCUGGGCUUUUCUUUGUUGAUAGGUUUUUAAUUAUAUCUUCAAUUUAAUUUAUUAGAGUUUUUAUAUCUUCUUGAUUCAGCCUUGGUAAUUCAUACGUAUCUAGGAAUCUCCCAUUUCUUCUGUAUUUUCCAUCUUAUUAGAAUACAAGUUUUCAAAGUAGGCAUAGAUGAUUUUCUGGGUUUCUUCAGGUUCUGUUGUGAUUUUGCCCUUUUUAUUUCUAAUUAUAUGGAUUUGAGUCCUUUUUCUUUUUUUGAUAAGGUUAGCUAAAGUUUUGUCAAUUUUAUUUGAUCUUUCAAAGAGCCAACUCUUUGAUUCAUUGAAUCUUUGAUUUUUUUAUUUUAAAUUUUUUUUUUACUCCAGUGUAUUAAUUUCUGCUCUGAUGUUUAUAAUAUCAUUCCUUGUGCAAGCUUUUGGUUUCGCCUACUCUUCUUUUUCUGGAAGUUUGAGAUUUAACAUUAAGUUUUAUGCACUUGCUAUGUUUUCCUGAUACAAGUAUUUACUACUAUAAAUUUCCCUCUUAAGACUGCUAUCAUGGUGUCUCACAAGUUCUGGCAUAUUGUACUGUCAGUAUCAUUCAACUGUACCAACUCUAGUUUCUUCUUUAAUUUCAUUUGUGACCCAUUGAUUGUUUGGUAGGGUGCUAUUUAAUUUCUAUGUGUAAGAGUUUGAUUCAGUUCUAACAUUUCAUUACUGAUAUUUUUGUGUAGUUGAUCUGUCUUUUGUGACAGUAGGUUAUUGAGAUAUCCCAGUACAACUGUAUUUCUAUCCUGUAAUCUUAUUUUGGUUGCUGUUAAUGCAAAAAAAAAAAAAAAAAAAAAAAAAAAAAACCUUUUACACACGAAUAGGAUGCUGGGAAUGCAUGGGGGCUUUUCAGUACUAUUGUGAAAUCUCAGGAUAUUCUACAUUGUCUAUAAUCCAGAAUAUGGAGAUUUGAAAUUGUCUCCAAUAUACUCUGGAGACUGUCAUUGUUUGCUGUCUCACGUAGUUUGAUACUCCUUUUUUAGUGUGGACAAAAUGAUUCACAGUUUAUUUCAGAAAUGGAUCAUGGAUCCAUUCCUUUCCACUUUGAGAGUCUUUUGUGUUUGGGACAUACUACUCAGAAUCUUUUGAAAGCUGAAAUAGGCUAUCUUGUAUCAGCUGGGAGACAAGGGCCAAUUCUCUCAAAAUUUCUGUUAAUUUUUGAAAUGUCAGAACCUCAAAGUUUAUUCAUAACCUCCAUAAUUCCAGUUUAGCUUUGAAUGCAUCCACUUUAUCUGCUUAUUGAACAAAGCUGUCAUUUUCCCCUGAUGCAACAGAUUGAGUUCAUUCAGCAGGUUGAAUAUGUCACAUAUGUAAAUGCUUUUUUUUUUUUUUUUUUUUUGGUACUGGGGAUCGAACUCAUGACUGAGCGCUUGCAAGGCAGGCACUUAGGCUGCUGAACUAAAUCCCCAGCCUGUGAGUGCAUUUUUUUAUCAUGCUAUAUCACUGAAAUGUGCUGCUAGUGGUAACUUUUUCUGAAACAAAUGUCUUUGGUAGCUCCCAUAACAAAAAAGCUGGCCAGUGAUCUAUAUUUAGAAAGCUAUCACUUCUCUACAUGAACAAAGACAUGUGUUCCAUCUCACAGAAUUGCAUAGACAGAUGUGAGUUAAGGGCGUAUAUUUUAAUGUAGUUGUUGAUUCUUUUUAAUUUAAGAAGCAUAAAGCCCAACAAUAUGUAACAGAAUAAAGUCAAUCUAAACAAAACAAUGAAAGUGGUACAAAACUUCAAAACAGACAAUGGGUCAUCAACAGUGGCUACCAUAAUAUGUCUUGUUAUUACAAUAGUUUUCUACUCAGACAUAACCAAAUAAAAUGAAACAGAAUAAAACCAAUUAAGAUAGCAUUGAAUCAAAACAGUAGUACUGGAUUUGAAAAACGACAGAAGAAAAUCUUCCAUAUUUGUGAUAUUACAUACUAUCAUCCUCCGAGUAAAUGCUUAGACUACUGACCUUAACCCUGCAAAGUCAGUCAAACAAUACAAGCAUUUAGUUGUUUUUGUACCUCAGUUCCUAUCAACUCAGCCUGUCUUGCAAACUGGCUUAUCUCUUCCUGAGCCCCACCUGUUUUGCACAGCUUAAAGGAAGAUCAAACUAGCUUCUUGAUGUGCUCUUCCCACACCCAGUGUGGCCUGCUGACUCUUGGGGAAAGCAAAGACUUCUCUUUCUGGGCCGCAUGUGGGUCUGCAUGGCUCAUGGGAAAGGCAUUCUAGUUUUUCUCUUCCUGCGCUCUGCAUGGUCUGCCUGGUUGAUUUUAUUUUUUUAUUUUUAUUAUCUUUUAUUUCCUUUUAUUAUCCUCUUUUAUUUAUUUAUUUUUUUUUAUUAUCAGUACCAGUGAUCGAACUCGCAACUGCCUGCUUGCAAGGCAGGCACUUAUACCGCUGAGCUAAAUCCCCAGCCCCGGUUGAUGAUUCUUUUUUUUUUUUUUUUUUUUUUUUUUUUUUUGUCUUUUUCCUUUUUAUCAGUACCAGGAAUCAAACCCACAACUGCCUGCUUGCAAGGCAGGCACUUAUGCUGCUGAGCUAAAUCCCCAUCCUCCGGUUGAUGAUUCUUAAUUGAGCACAGUAUGGUAGUGCAUGCCUGUGUAACAGCAAGCAUGUAGCCACAGAAAUUUGAGGUUUGGAUCCACACAGGAGUCACACAAUGAUUUUAAAAAGAUGAAAGUAAAUUUAUUAAAAAAGCACAGCAGAUGGAUGAACAUAGUCAAUGUAUUAUCAUGACAAGGGUAUAGCACCAAUGCUGAAGAAUCCCCUAGGGAUGGAUCUUACAUAAGAUGGAGCCUUUGGCAGGCAAAAGAAAAAACACCAUCACAGUCUUUCAGUUUCUUAAGUACUGUAUUCAGACAAACAACUGGUGCUGAAGCUGGACAUGUAAUCCCAGCUCUUCAGGAGGCUACGCAGGAGAAUUGCUGCUAGUUCAAGACCAGUCUUGGCUGGAAAGUGCUCAAGGCCAGCCUAAACUGGAUAGCGAGACUCUGUCAAAAAAAAAAAAGUGCCAGGAGGCCUAUUUGGCCAAAAGGGAUUGUUCCCAGCCUUGGCUAGAGCUGGGAAUCAACAGUUAUCUCUGUACACUUUUUCUCAGGAGAUAACCUUGAUGCAUAAAGGCCUAUUAUGAAACAUGCAUUCCAGAUGAUUGUCAUGCUUUAACCCUUUCCCUGACAACCUGUAAUGCCAGCAAUUGGGAGGCUGAGCCAGGACAAUUGCUGGGAGUUUGAAAAACUGUUCCAUGGCAUAAGUGGGAUAACUCAAGAUUCUUAAUCACUUUCCAUCAAAUACUGUUUGACAUUUUUCAGCUGGCAAGCAUUUUGCUAUUAAUGACAUUACCUAGAUCACACUGGUCUGAGUAAUACAACCAGAAAGCUGUCUAGUCAUGGGUUCUAUUCUUGCAUCUACGAACACAAAAAGACAAAUUCAGUUUCCCUGAUACAUAAUCAUUCAAACACAGGUAGUACUACAGCUGUGGUAUUGGUUGGCAGUGAAUGUUCACAUACUAUCUUCAUUCUCCUCUGCCUGAAAAAUACAUUGCACAAAAAUAAGCAUUGUAUGUUGUAUACACUAAUAGGCCUUUCAACCGGGAUUGUGUGUCACAGUGUCAUCAGUGCAACUGUGCCUCUGCUAGCCUCUGUCUCGUCAGUUCAUCUAGUUAUGGUAUUAGCCAAAAUAGGAACAUGUGCCACUUUUUUUUUUUUUUUUUUUUUGUCUUUUUCCUUUUUAUCAGUACCGGGGAUCGAACUCACAACUUAUGCCGCUGAGCUAAAUCCCCAGCCCCCAUGUGCCACUUUUUGAACCACAGGCUGUUGUAAAAGUUCAUGACAAACGUCCUUCAGAGCAGCACAACCAAUAGUAAUGGGCUUGGUAAGCAUAAGCCACAAAGAAUGAUGGAAUUGCAGACAUCUAUUAAUGAACUGGUGGCCUCAGUAAUUGCUUCUCUUUUUCAUAUUCACAUUUUUUUCUUUUGAAAAAUCCCGGAGACAAGAUCCUUGGACUCCAUGUGAAGAAGCUGUGAUCAGUUCAUCACUUUGUUGCAUAACCAGACACUACAAAGCAGGCUUGGGGAAUGUGAAUCACCUGUUGCAGUGAACUCAUAGUUUAAGACUUAGAAGUAGUACGUGUUUGCGGUACACAAUGAUUACAUUCAUCCUGAGAGGUUGGUACAUGUACAGUCGUCUUAAUUCUUUUUUCUUCUCCCCUUCUCCAUCAGUGUUUUCUUUUAAGGGCACCUGUUGUAGGUAGGGCAAGGAGAACAGUUACAUGCAGGACACAAUUUAUUUUAUGAUGGUCACACAGAGUUAAAUACAAGAAAGUACAGGAAAUCUGUCCACAACAGUAAAGAUGUAAAAAAUUCAGCUGAGGGGCUGGGGAUUUAGCUCAGCAGCAUAAGCGCCUGCCUUGCAAGCAGGCAGUCCUGAGUUUGAUCCCUGGUACCGAUAGAAAUGAAAAAGACCAAAAAAAUUCAGCCGAGGGCUGGGAUCCCGCAGUAAUGUCCUGCAUGAGUCCAGCUGAAUACCUAGAGCCCAUGACUGACUCAUGCAAGUCUCUUUCAUGGAUCUUCGCUGGGAAGAUCCCAAAGGUCAGUGGUGCAAGCCAAAAAAUUUGUGCCAGUAGGGUGAAGGAUUUGUGCUAGUAGGUUGAGGGUUUCCUGGAGCUAAGGAGCAGCACUCAAAAUAAGGACCAGGGCUCCCCCGAAAAUGACAGCCAUCCUUAGCAAUAGUGAGGUCCCACGCUCCCCUGAUGAUGAUAAUAGUUGAGUACAUGUCAGGAAGGCAGUGUUACAAGCCUCUCCUGGAGACUAAACAACAUCCUCACCCUCCAGAGCCAGGAAGCAAUGCUUAAAGUAAGGACCAGAGCUCCUUCAAAAUGAACUGUAACCACUCUCGGUGACAAGCUUCUCUAGUGAUAGGGGCUGAAUUCAUAUCAGGGAAGCCAGCAGCACAAGCUCCUCCAGAAGAGCCAAUGGCUCUAAACAGCAACACUUAGAAGAACCCACAACACCCAGCUCCUCCCCAUGUCUCUAGGCUGGCAACUUUCCUUAGGUGGGCCAUCUACAUGCAGCACCAUACUGAUUUAAUUCAGCUGGUAUUAAAUUGACCACCGGUUUUUAUUCCAUCACAGCAUCUUUCCUUUUUAUUGGCAGUCAUAGAGCCUCCUACUCUCUCAUUCAUUGUUGAGCCAUAUUCUCUUUUUCAAGAAGCUCCUCAGUGGAUUUUUUUUUACUCACUUUGGCUAGAAAUUAUUUGGGGUUUGCCAAAACUAACAGACAAAUGCACAGUGUGGGGAAGAGGUCCAGAGAAAAGUGGUAAAUGAAAAAUGACCAUCAGCAGGCUAAAAUAAGUAUCAGGUUCUGAGUUAAAGUCUGCCACCACAAGCAGCUGGGCAAUUGAAGUACAUCAACUUACGUGCCAUUGUAAAACCUGCCAGGUUCACCUUGUCACUUGCUACAGUGAUAUAGUUUUGAUAUGAAUGCAAGUGAUUAUGGUCUGUGCAGUCAAAUCUCCCUGCUGAUACCAAUCUCUUUACAGCUGCUUCACAGCACUAGCAUCACUACUUCUGCGCCACCUCAGAUCAUCAGGCCUUACUUUUUCCUAAAUAUGCCACAAUUUAGGUCCCACACAUGUGCAGCUCACAAUAGGUUUCAUGCUAUGAAAAUCUAUUAUCAGCCCAGGCGUGGUGAUGCACUCCAGUAAUCCCACCACUCUCGAGUCAGGCUGAGGCCAGCCUGGACUACACAGUGAGUUCAAACUACAGUGAGUCCCUGUCUCAAAAAAAUACUAUGUACCUGUAACCAACUCUUCACGAUGUAUGUAACCAUUACAAAUAUGUACUAAUAAAAUUUUUAAAGUAAAA